GCAGCUGGAAGUAGAAGACGGAGCAUCAGUGGACCAGGCAUGGCGUGGCUCCGUCAGAGUCGAGGUUCUCCCAGACUGGUCCUGGUCGUGGUCUGUGUGGCUCUGCUGCUCGACAACAUGCUGCUCACUGUGGUUGUGCCAAUCAUCCCGACCUUCCUCUAUGCCAUGGAGCACCCCAGCCCGGAGCCCCAGACCACCCAGCCCUCCCUGCUCCCUCUGCACGGCCUCAGUGCUUCCCGUCUGGGCACUGCGCCCUCACAGCUGCCCUUCUCAAACCUCCGGACCUCCCAGCCGUCUGAGCCGGCUCGACCGGUCCUGGGUACGGAGUCGGAGCAGCCUCCCUCCACCUUCCCUCCUCUGGUGUCCCUGUUCGAUAACCAGACCUUCAGCCUGCAGCAGAGCCGGACCGAAGUGACGGUGAGCGCCGAGCCAACGGACCCGACCGGACCGACCACGGAGGCCAAUGACACGGCUGAGUCCUCCUGCCUCCAGGACAGUGCUUUCCUGGAGGAGGAGAGUGUCCGUGUUGGUUUGCUGUUUGCAUCCAAAGCUCUCGUCCAGCUGCUGAUCAACCCGUUCGUCGGUCCGCUCACCAACAGGAUCGGCUACCACAUCCCCAUGUUCGCUGGUUUCAUCAUCAUGUUUGUGUCGACCAUCAUGUUUGCCUUCUCAGGAACCUACGCUCUGCUGUUCUUCGCUCGAUCUCUGCAGGGAAUCGGCUCGUCCUUCUCCUCCGUGGCAGGUCUGGGAAUGCUGGCCAGCGUUUACACCAACGACGAGGAGAGAGGCAUCGCGAUGGGCGUGGCCCUGGGAGGACUGGCCAUGGGAGUCCUGAUCGGAGCUCCGUUCGGCAGCGUGAUGUACGACUUUGUGGGGAAGAGCGCCCCCUUCCUGAUCCUGGCCUUCCUGGCUGUGUUCGAUGGAGCGUUGCAGCUUUGCAUCCUGCAGCCGUCAAAAAUCUCUCCUGGGAGUGUGGAGGGAACGCCGCUACUGACGCUGCUGAAAGACCCGUACAUCCUCAUCAGCGCUGGCUCGCUGUGCUUCGCCAACAUGGGCGUGGCCAUCCUGGAGCCCACGCUGCCCAUCUGGAUGAUGCAGACCAUGUGCUCCCCGAAGUGGCAGCUUGGUAUGGCCUUCCUCCCUGCCAGUGUCUCCUACCUGAUCGGAACAAACCUGUUUGGAGUUCUGGCCAAUAAGAUGGGACGGUGGCUCUGCUCCAUGUUGGGGAUGUUCAUCGUCGGCAUCAGUCUGCUGUGUGUUCCUUUUGCCACCAGCAUCUACGGCCUGAUUGGACCAAACGGAGGUCUGGGCUUCGCUAUCGGUAUGGUGGACUCCUCCAUGAUGGCCAUCAUGGGCUACCUGGUCGACAUCCGCCACGCCUCCGUCUACGGCAGCGUCUACGCCAUCGCUGAUGUGGCGCUGUGCAUGGGCUUCGCUAUAGGGCCGUCCACAGGGGGCGCUCUGGUCCAGGCGGUGGGCUUCCCCUGCCUCAUGGUGUUCAUCGGGGUCAUCAACAUCCUGUAUGCUCCGCUCUGCAUCUUGUUACGCAACCCUGCAGUCCGAGAGGAGAAAAUGAGGAACCACUCUGCUGGUGAACUGUGA